AUGGGUAAAGUAAUGGGUGGCAGCGGUCGUAAACAGAGACACGAUCCUUUAUUGAACGAUCUUGACUCUCAACAUGGUAAGUUGAAAAGACAAGGUAAGAAAAAGAUCGAUGCUAAGGAUCAAAAAGGCCAUGAAGAUGAAGAAUUUGUCGAUGCCCAGCAAUCUAGAAAAAUUUUGCAAUUAGCUAGGGAACAGCAGGAAGAAUUAGAGGAAGAGGACGAGCAGUCUCUGCAGACAUCCAGCCAAGGAAUAAACAGAUUCUGUGUGGCCAACUAUGCGGAUGAAGAUGAUGUAGCUGAGGAAGAGGAAGCUCAAGGUAAUAACAUAUCUGACUUUGAACCGGAAGAUGAAGACGAUUUCGAAGGAUACGAGGAGGAAGAAGUGGUAGAAAUUGACGAAGAAGAUGCUGAAAUGUUUGACCAAUAUUUCAAGACUUCUGCUGAUUUCAACUCUGCCAAUGGAUCAUAUAACCUUGCCGAUAAGAUUAUGGCUUCUAUUAGAGAAAAAGAGAUGGAACUACAGUAUAAUGAAGAAGAAGCAGGUGAUGCCUCUGCAGUAGCGGAACCAGCUGCACCUGUAGAUCGUACAGAAGGUGUCGCCUUACCACCCAAGGUGAUUCAAGCAUACCUUGCCGUUGGUACCAUUAUGCAGACCUGGAGACAUGGUAAACUACCCAAACUAUUCAAAGUUUUGCCUUCUCUAAAUAACUGGCAAGAUGUUCUCUAUGUUACUAAUCCAGAGGAAUGGUCUCCGCAUGCUAUAUACGAAGGUACUAAACUUUUUGUUUCUAACUUAUCAUCUAAAGAGGCCCAAAAAUUCGUUAUAGCUGUGUUGUUACCACGCUUCAGAGAAGAAAUUGAAUUUAACGAAGAUCACAACUUAAAUUACCAUGUCUACCGUGCAUUAAAGAAAUCAUUGUAUAAACCGGCUGCCUUUUUCAAAGGGUUCUUAUUCCCACUUGUGGAAUCCGGUUGUAAUGUUAGAGAAGCUACCAUUGCUGCAAGUGUGUUAUCCAAGGUCUCUGUGCCAGCUCUUCAUUCUGCUGCAGCAUUGUCCUACCUUUUAAGAUUACCUUUUUCCCCAGCCACCACCGUUUUCAUCAAAAUUCUACUCGAGAAGAAGUAUGCUUUGCCUUAUCAAACUGUUGACGAAUGUGUCUUCUACUUCAUGAGAUUCAGAGAAGUCACUGAUGGAAGUACAGGCCAAGAUGCCGUCAGAGUCUUACCUGUGGUAUGGCAUAAAGCUUUCUUAGCGUUUGCUCAACGUUAUAAGAAUGAUAUUACCCAAGAUCAAAGAGAUUUCCUACUUGAAACUGUUCGUCAAAGAGGUCACAAAGAAAUUGGACCUGAAAUCAGAAGAGAAUUAUUAGCCGGUGAUAGUAGAGAAUUUGUCAGUGAUGUUGGUAAUAAAGCUGAUUUAAUGUUUGAUGUUCUGUAG